AUGGUGAAGCCCAAAGCUAGGCCCAGUGCUACAGGGGCCUCCAAGGGGAAAACACCCGGUACUCGGCGAGUAUCCAGCAAAGCCUCCCGUCCAUCCAGUGCAGGACGGAUGCGACUGCUGACACGAGACCAAGGGGACUCCCCCGGGCAGACUCAGCAAGCCUCACCAUUGCGCGGGGGCCGGGCCCGAGCGCGGCACCAGGAGCGCCCGGCACAAGGCCGAUCAGGGGAAGAUAGUGCAGCAUCCCCGUUGCCGUUGCCACGGCCGCGGACUGUUCCGCUGGCAACAUCCCCCCAACCUCCAAGCCCUGCCGCACCAGACAAAGGUGGAGCUGGUCCAGUACGUACGAGAGCAACGUCAAGCACGUCCCCACGUGCACAACGCGCUGCUCAACGAGGGAAGGCGUCGCGGCAGCAGGAGCAGCAGCGAGAGGAGCUGGCGGGACAGGGAGGAGUGGCGGCACUGGGGGAGCCGGUGGAUGGUGCAGCUGUGGCUGGGGUAGGGGAAACUGGUUCACGGGAGGAUGCUUCUGCGGAGGAGCUAGGUCUGACGCUGCGGAUGGAGGCCGUCGUGAAUGCGGGGGCUGAUUCGACGGAGGCAGUGCGGGUGACGCACUGGUCGGCUGCCGGGACAUUUGCCGCCUCUGACAACAACUUAAUCCCGCCCGCUGUGACGUGGCCGGCGGCGACGCCACCACUGGCGGAUGAAGAUCUCGGAGCGGAUGAGGCACAGGCGGAGCAGGGGCCGGCCGAUUCACCAGCGCCAGUAGUGGCAGAAUCCCCUCCAGCUCUCGAGGAGUCUAUGAUUGCUGCGGUCGUAGCUGAGGCAGCGAGGCGACAAGGACAACCCCCGAGCGAAGUGUCUGUGCCGACAGCCGCUGGGUCCGCCGGAACGUUUGCUGCUGCCGCGGCCGCAAGCAGACAGGAGCACGUCCAGGCGGUGGGUGGAAUUGAGGAACCAGGAUGCGUUAGCGCAGAGGCGAGUGCAGAGAAGGGAGCAAGGUGGUAUGCCACAUCCUUCCAACCUGCCAGCGGGACAGGCCGCAGAUGUACCACCGCAGCCAUCCGAGAAAUCACCCGCUGA